AUGGCACACUCGCUCGGAAUAAGAGCCACCAUCCUCCCUCGACACACACCUCGCUCAAUCCCCAUCUACGGAUCUUCAACACUCAUCACCAACAGACAAUCACAAUGUCGGGCAUUCUCCCAAUCCAAACCCACCGCAGCAAAAGGCGGAAUGAUGUCCGCAGAAAUGCUUGCGCCCAAAAUGCCGCCUCAACACAGCUUUCGGACCCAAAUGCGAAAUAUUGAUCCUGACAAGAUACCGACAGACUUUGGCAUUUUGCCGGGGACUUUUAUAAGGCCGGAGGGCAAGGAUAUGCCUAAUUUCUUCAAACAUCCUAGAGAGCGAUUGCUUUUUGAGUGGGUAUGGUUGAAGAGUUGGUUCACGUCUGCUUUUUCUACGGUUUACUUUUGUAAAUGGCAAUGCAACCCUCGUGCAUCGCUUCUAUUGAAAGACCGUAAAAAGAUUGGAAAGGGGCUUCAUGAUUUGAUGUACACAGAGUUUGCCAAAGGCAACGAACGAAUGCUCCGCGCGAAAUGCUCCCCGGGCCUAGCCAAUGACCUCAUAAAACGCAUUCGAAAACGCAACCCCAAGGAAAACAUCUCCUGGAAACUGGAAAGAUACAUCCGCGACCCUUCCACCUUCUGGACGGGCGUCCGUGUCCUCUCCGACCGCGCAACCCUCAUGCCCGAAAUGCCGGAUAGUGCAAUCCGGCAAAUCGUGCUGCGCAUCAAAAGCGAACAGACCUCCUUCAAGAGUACCAAGGAUGAAACAGAGAAUGUCGUAAAAUCCAUGUACGGCCUACCGAAAGUGCAAACCUGUACGGAGUAUGUGGUUAUUCAGAAAGUGAAGCUAGCGGGUAGGGAUAAGGACUGGGAGAUUUGGGGGUUUGCGAAGCCGACGACAAUGGAGGAUUUGGAUAGUCCGUUUUUUGCGACGGGGAUGUCGUUGAAGGACAGGGUGAUGGCUAUGCAGGAUAAGAUGAUGGGGAGGUCGUAA